AUGAUCUAUCAGUCAGCGAGAGCUGACAUGUCCUUUCACUUCAAUUCGUAUGAAGUAACAGCUGGUGGGCAUGAUCGUGGAGGAAAAAACGUCUUCACCAGCAUUAACAGCGACAAGCAUGUCAAACGUCGUCCGAGUCAGUUCGACCGAGCCCUCCAUCGGCUGUACGCAGAGCCAAGGCACAUCUUCCACAAUCAGUUGGCCGAUCGGCUGUUCCACAGAUUUUAUUGGAUCGUUCGAAGUGUUCAGUUCAAAAUUUUUUAUCGAAACGAAGAGAUAGAUGUGGAUGAGGCGGUGGAGAAAUGGGAGGUAGCUGUGAAGCCUCCUUCCUUGGACGAGCUGGCCCAAAAAACACAAUUUGAUCCGAGAUGGCUUAAAUACAUGUACUCCAAGUUUAAAAAUGAAUGUCCCAAUGGUAGAAUGAAAGAACCGGAAUUCCGAGUACUGCUAUCCUCUAUCAUUGCUCCGGAAAAAGCUACGGACCAGUACCUCUCUCGUCUUUUCACCGCCUUCUCCAAUGAAGAUCAUAAAACCAUCACAUUCCAGAAUUUAAUAGAAUGUCUAGCUCAUCUGAACCCUCAAUCAGCAGAAUCUAAUGCUCAAUGGACGAUUCGACUGAUUACCGGUUCUGCCAGUGAUCAAUUUGCUUUUCCAGACUUUCUUUCCUUCACUCAAUCUGUUUUUGCUUUGAAUGAGGGGAAAAACGGCUUCCAAGAGUGUAAUCGUGAGACCAUACUACAAAGAGCAGAGAAAAUAUUUCAAGAAUUGGAUAGUGAUAAUGAUGGUUUCGUGACGAGUCAAGAUAUGAUCAGAUUUUUCCAGAAUUACAAUGUCCAUCUCAGUCCUCCCACUCGGACGGACACUUACACGAAGCCACCGAAAAGUGUGAAAAAAAUAAAAAUUGAAGAGAAUUAA